AUGGAAUCAGUCUCAGAACAACCCCCUAGCACGGAUCUGAUCACCUUGAGCAGACAUGUGCUUCACGACCAGCUGCGACUGGGAGCAGCCGCUACGGGAGAUCUCACCCUCUUGCUCAUCGCUAUCCAAGUGACUAGCAAGUUCAUAGCUACAAAUGUGCGGAAAGCCCGGCUCAUCAACCUUGUCGGCCUUGCUGGCGAGACCAACGUCCAAGGCGAGGAGCAGAAAAAGCUCGAUGUUCUAUCCAAUGACAUCAUGGUUAACGCCCUGCGGGCGUCUGGAAAGACCGCGGUCUUGGUCUCGGAAGAGCUUGACAAUGCUAUCAUCAUUGAGGACCGAAACAAGGGAAAGUACUGUGUUGUGUUUGACCCCCUUGAUGGUAGUAGCAACAUCGAUGCUGGUGUUAACAUCGGUACCAUCUUUGGUAUUUACGCUGUGAGACCAGACUCUAGUGGGACUAUAGAGGAUGUGCUCAGACCAGGGAAUGAGAUGGUCGCUGCAGGAUACACCAUGUAUGGUUCUUCCGCGAACCUGGUUCUCUCCACGGGGUCCGGUGUAAACGGCUACACCCUGGACGCCGCACUAGGAGAAUUCAUCCUCACCCACCCUGACAUAAAAAUACCUCCUCGUGGCAAAAUCUACUCCUUCAACGAAGGCAACUCGAUGUAUUUCCAUCCUCCCGUGACCAACUACCUAAACUCCAUCAAGUACCCGAAGACGGGUUCUCCAUACUCUGCGCGGUACAUCGGGUCGAUGGUUGCGGAUGUGCAUAGGACAUUGCUAUAUGGAGGGAUCUUCGGCUACCCUGACGAUAAGAAGAGCAAGUCUGGGAAGUUGCGGUUACUAUACGAGGCAUUCCCUAUGGCCUUUUUGACCGAGCAGGCCGGUGGAGUCGCAACUACGGGCACUAAGCGUAUUCUUGAUAUUGUUCCAACGGACAUACAUGAGCGAUGCUCUGUGUUCCUUGGGAGCCGGGAUGAUGUGCAGGAUCUUAUGAAAUUCUAUGAGAAUGCAUGA